AUGGGCUCAGUGAGCCAAGCGGGCACUGGUCCGGGGGGCAACUGCACGGGCUGCGUCAUCUGCUCCGAGGAGAACGGCUGUUCCACGUGCCAGCAGAGGUUGUUCCUGUUCAUCCGCCGGGAAGGUAUCCGCCAGUACGGCAAGUGUGUGCAUGACUGUCCCUCUGGCUACUUCGGCGUCCGCGGCCAGGAGUUCAACAGGUGCAAAAAAUGUGGGGCCACGUGUGAGAGCUGCUUCAGCCAGGACUUCUGCAUCCGGUGCAAGCGGCGGUUUUACCUGUACAAGGGGAAGUGUCUGCCCACCUGCCCGCUGGGCACCGCGGCCCAGCCCAGCACUCGGGAGUGCCAGGAAGAAUGUGAGCUGGGCCCCUGGGGCAGCUGGAGCCCCUGCAUGCACAACGGGAAGACCUGUGGCUCGGCCUGGGGCCUGGAGACCCGGGUGCGGGAGGCCGGCCGGGCCGGGAGGGACGAGGCAGACACCUGCCAGGUGCUGUCCGAGUCACGGAAAUGUCCCAUCCAGAGGCCCUGCCCAGCAGAGAAAAGCCCCAGCCAGAAGAAGGGCCGGAGAGACGGGCGCCCGCGCAAGGACAGGAGGCUGGACCGCACGCUGGACGUGAGGCCCCGCCAGCCGGCCGCCUGA